UUUGAGGAAGUUGAAUCAAAGACUUUUACUUGACUGGGAGCAUAAAUCAGUGUGUGUCAAAUGAAGAGCAGUCAAAUGAAAGUACCGUCUUGACAAGAGCCUGUUAGGAAGACUCAGGACAAGAGUAGUGAGGAUGGCUUUACUAAAGGCCCUGCGGUUUGGUGUUUUGAUGUUGGUUAUAUGCUUCACUCUCGACCAGCCAGGAUUCAGACAGUCUGUGUCUGUCUUCUUUCAGGAUCUGAGGGAUGCCACGUCAUCCAUCCUUCAUGCCAGAGAGAAAAGAGGAGCCUCUUCUGCUCUCUCAAACUUUACUGAACACGACCUGCAAUUUGUCAUAACCUUCUCUGACCUCGAGAGUCUUCAAAGGAUUCUUGGCAACAUCAGCUUCCCCAUUGCGAUCAACAACACUGUGGAAAUCAACAGCAUUGAGACCACAACAGUGUGUUCACCAAACAUAACUGGGUACCAGUGCAUAUGUGAGGAGAACUUUGCCUGGUCUUACAACAACUGUAUUACGUACGGGGUCUGUGACGCCAUUAUUGGUGACACGUGUGGCUGCAUUAAUGACCUGCCAGCUGGUGAUCAGUUCUGCCAGUCAAACAGCAGUCAAACAGUGACAACGACUGCAACACCAUCUUCUACACAAGCUAUUGAUCUAGUGGACAUCGAUGUGGACAUCGUCUUGUUCAUCCCAACCUCUCGUGUUUCAUCAAGUAUAUUCAGCUACAUCAGAAGUUAUCUGCAAAGUAUUACCUUCCCAAUACCCAUCUCUCAGUCUCUGGGAGUGAAAGAGCUCCACUUCACCACAGCCUGCGAUCCAAACUCUGCUAAUGGGCUCCAGUGUCUAUGUGAGAUCGGCUUUGCUUGGCCAUGUGACACGUGUAACAGCAGCAAUUCGUGUAAUGACCCCAGCAAUCCGUUCUGUACGUGUUUAAAUGGACUUCCUUCCAACAACGACUACUGCCAGCUAAUCACAAAUUCUUCUGUGUGCCCAACUCCUAGUCCUACUCCAGUGACAACGGUCUCAACAACUCCUCCACCAAUUUAUGAGAUUGAUUUAGUCCUGGAAGUACACAUCCCGUUCUCAAGCUACCAGUCUGAUACGCUGAAUGGGUUUAGAGAGUCUCUGAACAACAAGACCUUCCUCACACCUUUCUCAAAGUCUUUAAACAUUACAGAGUUAUUCUUGACCACAGUCUGUGAUCCAAACUCCACUUAUGGAUAUCAGUGUGUGUGUGAAAGCGGCUUUGCUUGGCCAUGUGACAUGUGCAGCAGUAACAGUUCAUGCAGCAGUCAAAUCUGUACGUGCAUAUAUGGACUUCCUUCCAGCAACGAGUUCUGUGAGCCAAUCACAGGUAAUGCUACAUGCCCAACUCCUCCUCCAGUCACAACUCCUCCUCCUCUACCAACUUAUGAAAUCGAUCUGGUUCUUGAUGUGCACAUCCCAGUGAACAGUUUACAAGAAAACACACUCGAUACAUUCAGAAGAAAUCUGCUAAAUAAAACCAUCCCUGGUGUACAACAGGCUUUCACAGUGCUACAAAUAACACUGACCACAGUCUGUGAUCCAAACUCCACUUAUGGAUAUCAGUGUGUGUGUGAAAGCGGCUUUGCUUGGCCAUGUGACAUGUGCAGCAGUAACAGUUCAUGCAGCAGUCAAAUCUGUACGUGCAUAUAUGGACUUCCUUCCAACAAUGAGUUCUGUGAGCCAAUCACAGAUAAUUCCAUAUGCCCGACAUCAGUGGACAUUGAUGUGGACUUCGCCGUGUUCAUCCCAACCUCUAUUGUUUCAUCAAGUAUAUUCAGCUACAUCAGAAGUUAUCUGCAAAGUCUUACCUUCCCAAUACCCAUCUUUCAGUCUGUGGAAUUGAAAGAGCUCCACUUCACCACAGCCUGUGAUCCAAACUCUGCUAAUGGGCUCCAGUGUCAAUGUGAGAGCGGCUUUGCUUGGCCAUGUGACACGUGUAACAGCAGCAACUCAUGCAACGAUCAAACCUGUACAUGUUUAUAUGGACUUCCUCCCAAUAAUGAGUUCUGUCAGCCUGUCUCAAAUGCCACUAUAUGCAAGCCAACUCCUGCACCUCCCACAGUGGACAUCGAUGUGGACAUCGUCGUGUUCAUCCCAACCUCUCGUGUUUCAUCAAAUAUAAUCAGCUACUUCAGAAGUUAUCUGCACAGUAUUACCUUCCCAAUACCCAUCUCUCAGUCUCUGGGAGUGAAAGAGCUCCACUUCACCACAGCCUGUGAUCCAAACUCUGCUAAUGGGCUCCAGUGUCAAUGUGAGAGCGGCUUUGCUUGGCCAUGUGACACGUGUAACAGCAGCAACUCAUGCAACGAUCAAACCUGUACAUGUUUAUAUGGACUUCCUCCCAAUAAUGAGUUCUGUCAGCCUGUCUCAAAUGCCACUAUAUGCAAGCCAACUCCUGCACCUCCCACAGUGGACAUCGAUGUGGACAUCGUCGUGUUCAUCCCAACCUCUCGUGUUUCAUCAAAUAUAAUCAGCUACUUCAGAAGUUAUCUGCACAGUAUUACCUUCCCAAUACCCAUCUCUCAGUCUCUGGGAGUGAAAGAGCUCCACUUCACCACAGCCUGUGAUCCAAACUCUGCUAAUGGGCUCCAGUGUCAAUGUGAGAGCGGCUUUGCUUGGCCAUGUGACACGUGUAACAGCAGCAACUCAUGCAACGAUCAAACCUGUACAUGUUUAUAUGGACUUCCUCCCAAUAAUGAGUUCUGUCAGCCUGUCUCAAAUGCCACUAUAUGCAAGCCAACUCCUGCACCUCCCACAGUGGACAUCGAUGUGGACAUCGUCGUGUUCAUCCCAACCUCUCGUGUUUCAUCAAAUAUAAUCAGCUACUUCAGAAGUUAUCUGCACAGUAUUACCUUCCCAAUACCCAUCUCUCAGUCUCUGGGAGUGAAAGAGCUCCACUUCACCACAGCCUGUGAUCCAAACUCUGCUAAUGGGCUCCAGUGUCAAUGUGAGAGCGGCUUUGCUUGGCCAUGUGACACGUGUAACAGCAGCAACUCAUGCAACAAUCAAACCUGUACAUGUUUAUAUGGACUUCCUCCCAAUAAUGAGUUCUGUCAGCCUGUCUCAAAUGCCACUAUAUGCAAGCCAACUCCUGCACCUCCCACAGACACUGAAGUGAUCCUUGUCUUCCGGGUCCCAGCCUCCAUUGUGCAGAAUUAUACACUUCCACUACUCAAAAGCAAAUUUUACAACCUAACCAACAGCGUAACCCUCCCAGCGUUUUUGAACGUAAAAGAAAUAAACUUGACCACAGUCUGCUCUCCGCACUCACCGGAGCAACUGCGCUGUCAAUGUGAGGACAGUUUUGCAUGGCCAUGUGAUCUGUGCAACACCAGCAACUCAUGCAAUGGCGUCACCAGUCAGCAGUGUACAUGCAGAGAUGGACUCUCUUCUAUCAACCAGUAUUGUCAACCACUCCAAAGUAGCACACCAUGUCUCGCCACAACAUCUCUGCCAUUCAUAACCUCACCACCGCCAACCAUGACAACGCUGGUAGCUACACCAUCGCCAAUCACAGCAACGCCGGUAGCUACAUCAUCGCCAACCACAGCAACGCCGGUAGCCACACCAUCGCCUAAAAAUGUAUUGGGCACCUUUACCAUGGACAUGCCGUUCAGCGAGUCAUUCAAUGAGAAGAACAAUGUAGUUUAUCAAACCGUUUAUAACGCUACUUUAAACAAGUGUACAAUUGUUUUAGCAAAGUGUGCAGUUAAAAAUCUGAAUUUCAAGGCUGGGAGUACAAUUGCUAAUUAUGAGCUCAAUGUUUUUUCAUCUGAAACACCAACAGAAAUCAAAGUUCAGAUAACAAAAAAUGAAAUAUUAUCAGAAGUGGCAUCAAAAUACCCCGUCAGCAUUGUCAGUUCGAGCCCAUUGUCUGUUGAUAAAGACCCUCUCUACGCCGGGGACACUAUAAACGUGACAUGUGACCCAUCUGGCCUCACCAUUGGAAACUAUGAAAUAUUGUGGACACGAGAAGGAGGAGAACUUCCCAAACAAUCUACUUUUGAUAAAUAUUCAAUCCUAAUCCGUGAAUUUUCAAAGUAUGAUGAUGGGAUGUACGGCUGUAAGAUAACCUUUGGAGCCGGUUCAACUUUCACACAGACGAGGCAGCUGACUUCCAGAGCACUCCCUCUGAUCACUGUGAGUCCAAUCAAAGACAGAGUGAGGUGUUCUGGGACAAGACUACUGACCUGCCAAGUAGAUGAAUUGAAAGUUACAUUGUUCGAUCCAAAUGGUAGAGAUUUAGGUGUAACAUCCUACACCUUCACACCCCCUACGCCAUGUGCUGAUGGUGAUGUGCGGACGUACAAAUGUAAAUUGACAGAAAGGGACAGUGCAAAAGAAAUCACACUGGUACUAACCACAAGCGUGAACUUUGACUGCACAAGUGACAUAUAUGGAAAUGCAAUGAUUGGGGAUACCGGUAUUGGAAAAUGUGACACUAACUAUGUGGGAGAAAAGACAGCAGUUUGUAUGGCAGGUGGUAACUACGGAGAUGAACAAAACAACUGUGUCCUACAAGUGAUUGUGGACCUGCUUGAUCGAUCAAAGAACUUGAAUACCUUGACUAUUCCAGUAUUCUUGGAGGAUCUCAAAAAUGCAACUGUACGGAAUAAUGAUCUGAUCAUUAAGUCUCCAGCGACAAUCAUUGCCAUGAUUAAGAUCUUUGAAAAUGUCGCCAACACAACCUCAUCGUUAAACGUCAAUCUAGGGAAAAAUUCCACAAGGAACUUCCUAGAAAGUGCCGGCCUUCUCACGAUUGACAAUGCCAGGGGGUCUUGGACUUUUCUAAAUUACAACGACACCAAAAAUACAACGGAAGAUAAAUUAUCGAGAAGCAGCUCCAGCUCUGCAUUCUUGAAUGUUUUUGAAAACUUACCAAGUUUUAUUGGCAAUGAUUCACUGGACAUCAACACAGAUUUCAUUCUCCUGAACAAAACAAGGCUCACCGACCCUUUCAACAGUGUAUAUAACUCCUCAGUGGACAUAGAAAUACCACAGGCUGGUGGAGAAGAAAAAUUCAUCACCAUAAUCAUUUUUGCUUCAAUGUACAAUGUGCUUCCUGGAAGAGAUCAGCUCAACACCUCCACCAACCGCGUCCAUGGAAGGGUUGCCCUUGUUCGUCCUGAAGUUGAAAUCUCAAAUAUUUCAUUGACAUUUGAUGUCAUAAAUUACACAAAUGACACCAUAGGAAACCCUAAAUGUGUCUUUUGGGAUUUCAGUCUCUAUGAUGGUCUUGGAGGAUGGAGCGACAACGGCUGCUCGUUAGUUUACUUUGAAAAUGAGACGGUCAGCUGCAACUGCAACCACACCACCUCCUUCUCCAUUCUGAUGUCACCCGACAGCCCCAGAAGCCUUAUUCUGGACUACAUCACCUACAUUGGAGUUGGAAUUUCUAUGGCCUGCCUGGUCAUUUGUCUCAUCAUUGAAGCAAUCAUAUGGAGAAAAAUCAACAAGAACGCAACGUCGUACUUGCGUCACGUCUCCAUCGUCAACAUCGCUCUGUCCCUACUGAUUGCAAACAUUUGGUUCAUUAUUGGAGCGGCCAUUUCAGACGCAGACCAGAAGAACCCGCCGGCCUGCACAGCCGCUACCUUCUUCAUCCAUUUUUUCUACCUGGCCCUGUUCUUCUGGAUGUUAGCCUCGGCCCUGCUGCUGCUCUACCGGACCCUCAGUGUCUUUGACGGAGGGCUGUCUAAACUAACCAUGCUGAUCAUCGGAUUCUCUUUGGGAUACGGAGCUCCGCUGAUCAUUGUAACAAUAACUAUUGCUGCAACUGCUCCCUCGAAUGAGUACAUCCGGGAAAAUGUUAUCUGUUGGCUCAACUGGUACGAGUCCAAAGCUCUGCUGGCCUUCGUGGUCCCUGCACUUCUAAUAGUGGUGAUAAACUUUGUCAUCCUGAUUGUGGUGUUGUACAAAAUACUGAGGAGAAGAGUCGGAGGAAAUGCAGCCCAAACAGGAGAGAAGCACGUUCUGUAUGUGAUUGCCAGGAGUUUGGCUGUGCUCACACCGUUUUUCGGGCUGACUUGGGGUUUGGGAGUCGGAGUCAUGGUUAGCCCCCAAAACUUUGGAAUCAAUGUUGCCUUUGCUUUCUUCAAUUCACUGCAGGGUUUCUUUAUUCUGGUGUUCGGAACACUGUUGGACAAAAAGGUGUGGUCGGCAAUGAACAUACCAUCACUGACGUCACAGGGUAGAACACAGAGCACCAGUGCUGGAACUUCAUCUAGUGGACUGAGCAACUUGUUCCGGAAAAUAAGAAUAAACAGAGGCUCCAGAAGUGGGUACCAUAUGUCUUCUACUGGACAAAGUGCAUCCAAUGACUCAUUCAACACUUAACAUGGGCAGGAAACCAUGCCCAUAUGAGAAAAACAACAAAUACAAAUAAUUUUUUAUCUCAAUAAUACAACCUCUUUAAGUUAUGAUAUUAUAAUCUGAGAGUCCCGCUCGAUUCUCUUUUUGAAAAAUGAAGGAAGCAUUAAUUCUGCCAUCUUGUAAAAGCAGUAUUUUAGAAAGCUUUUCAUAGGUGUGUAAUGCAGAAAAGCUAAAUAUUUUAAUGUUACACAGCCUUUAUUUAUGGGACAUGCACAAUAAUGUAAUACUACAUAAUUAAAAAAAAAAGUUAAAAAUAAUAUAUUUUAUUUUCCUUAGAUGGAAUGGCAUUUGAAGUAAGUUUAAAGAAAAAGUUGUUUGUUUUUAGUUUAUAUAUCAUGUUUUAUAUCCACAAAAUCUUUGGAAAAUAUCUUUAUUUUUUAUUAAACUAUGUGACUUGCAGCAGAAAAGGUCAAAUCCCCCAAGUGGAAUUGAGUUAUUGAUCGAUGGUAAUCAUUGUAUUAAACAGCUACUUCCUUUUGUUUGCAUAACUUCUCUGUAAUCUAUGUGUUAUGCAAUGACAGCCAUUUAUAGAAGCAUUUUAUACUGAUUUGGUGUGGGGUUUUUUUUGUUGAAAAAGCAGAAUAGUCUUAUUAUAGUUAUGGUUAAUAUUAUUUACAUGUAAAACAUUGUAUUGAGUCUUUCCAGGUCACAACAGGAUACUAAAAACGUGUAACAUUUACUGUUCCUACAUUUGCAUUAGAUCUGCAAAGGAGAGAGGAUUCAGGGAUUGUGUUGUGCCCUUAAAGGACACAACACAAAACUCAGCUUU